AUGGCCAUCUCUAAAACCCAAAACACGAUCAAGAAAUCCCCAAACACAUUGAAUCAAAAACCUAGAAAUCUUAUGAGUCGCUUCUCUUUCACCACCACCAUUUCUUUCACUUCCUCUUCCUUUUCUUCAUCUUCUUCAUCUGAAUAUAUGAUGGAAGAAACCAUAAAACACGCAGAGUCCAUCCUCGAAAAAUGGGAAAUUGAUGAUCAUUCCAGCACCAGAUUCAUCUCCAUUUUCCAUGAAAGCAGGGAAGAAGCCACAGUUUUCAUCAACUGCAUCACAGGACUACACCGAGCCAUGCGUUUUCUCGUAUCACAUGAUUUGAGAUCAGAGAAGCUCUCACUUGCACAGAGACUGAUGCAAAUCGCAAUGAAACGACUCGAGAGAGAGUUUCAUCUGAUUUUAUCAGAUACUCGUGAGGACUUGGAGCCUGGAUCUGUUUCUAGCGGGUCUUCUCGAACCAGCAUCGAUUCUGAAGAAGAACGGCAACUACAGAUCUCGGUUUCUGAUGUUAAGCAACCGUCUAUGAUUGCCAUUUCAAAUCUUCGGUUGAUUGCUGAUACGAUGAUUAGUUGUGGUUAUGGCAAAGAGUGUAUCGUAUUGUACAAAAUCAUACGAAAAUCGACCAUUGAUGAAGCUUUAUUUCAUCUUGGAAUCCAACCUUACAGUUCCUCUCAAAUCAACAAGAUGAUAAAUGCUCCACAUUUUGACGAUCAUGUCAAAAACUGGCUGAAUGCCGUUCAAAUCGCAGUGAAAACACUCUUCCACAGAGAGAAGUUUCUAGGUGAUCGUAUUUUCACUUCAUCGGUGAGAAUUAGAGAUUCAUGUUUCGAAAACUCAACGAAAGAAGGAGCCCUGAACCUGUUUGCAUUUCCCGAACACAUAGCCAGAUGCAAGAGACCGAAAUCGGAGACAAUUUUCAUGAUGAUGGACUUAUACAAUUCGAUCUCAGAUCUCUGGCAAGAAAUCGAGUCAAUCUUCUCAAACGAAUCUGUCUCCUCAGUAAAAAUACAAGCUCUGACGUCUCUUCACAAACUAGGAGACUCCGUCAGAACGGCUCUGGUCGAGUUGGAAUCAUCAAUCCAUAAAAAUUCUUCCAAACUUACAGUAUCCGACGGUGGAAUUCAUCCGUUAAAUAAUUCCGUCAUGACUUACUUAUCAUCUCUGUCUGAUUACGGCAGUGCCCUAAGUGACGUCAUCGUAGAUGAUUCUCAGUUCAGGGAACAAACCUCCGACGAAAUUUCACCGCAUCCGGUUUCUGUCAAGCUGGCAUGGAUCAUUCGCGUUCUUCUCUGCAAGCUGGACGGCAAAGCCAAGUUUCACAACUACGUGGCACUAUCGUAUCUCUUUCUGGUUAACAACCUCCAUUACAUCAUCGAGAAGGUCCGUGCAACAAAUCUAAAAUUUAUUCUAGGAGAAGAAUGGAUGACGAACCACGAUAAGAAGUUGAAGCAAUAUGUAUCAAGCUACGAAUCUAUGUCCUGGAAUAAGGUGAUCUCAUGUUUACCGGAGAAUCCUUUGGUAUCGCCGGAGAAGGUGAGGGAUUGUUUCAGGAGGUUAUACUCAACGUUUGAGGAGGUGUACGGGAAGCAAACGUCCUGGAUUGUUGUUGACGAAAAGAUGAGAGACAAGAUGAAGGCGUCAAUCGCGCACAAACUGGUACCAGUGUAUGAGGAAUUUUACGGCACGCAUUUAAUAACGUUAGGUGAAGACGAGAGGUGUGUGAAAAUGUUGAUCAGACUUUCGCCGGAAAACAUGGCAAAAUAUUUGUCGGAGCUGUUCCCGGGAACAUCGGCGGUUGUAAGAAGCUCGUGGUCAUAUUCAUUGACUUUACCCGUACUGUCAUUAUUGCAAGUUUUCCGGUCUCUUCAUAUAGAAAAUACAAAAAUACUAUUGUUGUAA